UCAUAGUGAAUUGUUAAGCCGAAUUCUCGCGCGUUGUCCUCUCCAAAUAUUUCACCUCCACAUCCAUCACCGGCUUUCCAGCGUUUCUUCCAGAUGGAGGUCUCCAUGAUGCGGUGCGUUUGGGCGGCUCUCUGCGUCGCCAUGUUAGGGAUGUCAGGCUCUGCUGAAGGUGCAAGUUUGGUGCCGUUAAAAGCAGCAAACUCCGACCCGUGGUUCACUUUUGUCUUGACCAUGGACAUCACCAACCGUAUCUUCGAUAAUUCUCUCCUCAACCCUGAAUCUCUAGACUAUAAUAUCACGUUUGAGGAAGUUAACAAUGCGCUCUACUCUGUCUACGGCUGCCCCACUUGUGACACACACACAUUUUAUGAAAGUGUAGCAACCAUGUCCUUCAGUGACAUGUCUGGUUCUGUGGCUGUUGCGGCCACUCUUGUGUUCGACACACACCAAAUCAAUACCAUGGUGGUUAAAUCUCUGUUUCUGCAAGCCAUCACCAACAGGAAUGAAAUAAAUGGUCUGGAAAUCAACCCUGAAUCCGUACAGGUCAUACCAGGAUCAGUUCCUGCCACUACUCCAACCACUACUCCAACCACUACUCAUACAUAUACCUGUGACCCCUUUGCUUCAGCCCCUUCCUUUCACUUAUUAAUUUCAUGUCUUACCUCUACCACUACUCCAACCACUACUCCGACCACUACUUCAACCACUACUCCAACCACUACUCCAACCACUACUCCAACCACUACUCAUACAUAUACCUGUGACCCCUUUGCUUCAGCCCCUUCCUUUCACUUAUUAAUUUCAUGUCUUAUCUCUACCACUACUCCGACCACUACUCCGACCACUACUCCGACCACUACUCCGACCACUACUUCGACCACUACUCUGACCACUACUCCGACCACUACUCCGACCACUACUCCGACCACUACUUCGACCACUACUCCGACCACUACUCCGACCACUACUCCGACCACUACUCCGACCACUACUCCGACCACUACUCCAACCACUACUUCAACCACUACUCAUACAUGUGACACCUUUGCUUCACCUCCUUCCUUUCACUAA